AUGGAGUAUUUAGAACAAGUUUUAUCGGAGAGUCCCCUUAAACUUCCAACAGAUGAAGAAAAAUGGAGAUUGUGGGAAGCCAGAGAGAUUUUGAAAAAAAAUCCAAAAGCCCUACCAAAAGUAAUGUUGAGUGUUCCUUGGCAAUACCCAUAUGCUGUCUAUCUGGCCCAUUCAAUAAUACCUAAAUGGAAAGAGCCAGAAACCUUGGAUGCAAUCGAGUUGCUUGAUUUUAAUUACAGUAGCGAACAUGUGAGAAGAUAUGCAUUGAAAUUGUUGGAUAAGCUACCAGAUAAUACGUUUGCUGAUUUUGUAUUACAAUUAGUACAAACUCUCAAGUAUGAAUUAUAUCACGAUUCUCCACUCUCUAGGUAUUUGCUAAAGAGAGGCUUGAGAAGCACUCACAUUAUUGGACAUAUUUUAUUUUGGCACUUGAAGGCAGAAAUGCACGUGCCUUACAUUAGAGAACGAUAUGGUAUAAUAUUGGAAGAAUAUUUGAGAAAUUGUGGAGGUCACAGAAGAGAGCUAUUGAAACAAAGUGGUAUUGUAGGUCAAUUGUACUCAAUUGCAAUGAAAGUUAAGGAGGCCAAAUCUGAAGACCAUUUGAAGGUACUAAGAGAAGAGCUAUCCAAGCUAAGACAUCCUCCAAAAUUUACUCUUCCACUCAGUCCAAAGAUGGAAGUCAAAGGUGUAUUGGUUGAUAAGUGUAAGGUUAUGGAUUCCAAAAAGUUACCGCUUUGGCUUGUUUUUGAAAAUGCUGAUGAAACAGCAGCUCCUGUAUUUGUAAUGUUCAAAGCUGGUGAUGAUAUCAGACAAGAUUUGCUUACACUUCAAAUGCUCAAGAUUAUGGACAAGUUGUGGAAACAUGAAGGCCUCGAUCUACACAUGCAACCAUAUGGUUGUGUAUGUUUGGGUGAUAUGAUUGGUAUGAUUGAGAUUGUUCUCAACAGUACUACCAUUGCAAAGAUUACUGGUAAAGCUUUGCAUGCCUUCUCUGAUGAACCAAUAUACAAUUGGCUAAAGUUGCACAACACAACAGAUAAUGAAUGGAUUACAGCUGUGAAUAACUUUGCCCUUUCAAGUGCAGGCUAUUGUGUUGCAACGUAUGUGCUUGGUAUUGGUGAUAGACACAAUGAUAAUAUCAUGGUAACAAAGAAAGGAGACUUAUUCCACAUUGAUUUUGGUCACUUUUUGGGUAACUACAAGAGUUUCCUAUUAUAUAAAAGAGAAACAGCACCAUUCGUAUUCACUACAAUGUAUGCCUAUGUGAUGGGAGGUGAAGGAAGUACAAAGUAUAUUGAAUUUUCAGAGAAUUGUUGUGCGGCUUACAAUAUUAUCAGACAGCACGGAAAGUUACUCAUUAACUUGUUUUUACUAAUGCUUGCAACAGGUAUUCCAGAAUUGAGAUCUUCAAAUGAUGUAAAAUGGAUUGAAAAUUGUUUAAAGUUGAAAGGAACAGACGAAGAAGGUUCUGCUCACUUUAGAGAACAAUUAAAGAAGAGUCUCAGCAAUACCAAGACAAAUAUCAACAAUGCACUCCAUAUUAUUGCCCACCAAAAGUAA